AUGCAGUUGUGGACUCAUUCUUCAAUCUACCACAACCAGCUCAAGGGUCCAGAUCAUCCAUUGGAGAAAGUUAUGGUCUCCUUGUUCAAGUUCGCCUUAUUUGUCAUCAUUAUCGGUGUAGCCAUUGCGGAGAAUCGUGCUACGGGACCAUUUCGUGCAUUGACCACGCGAAAUCUCGUACGUGUCCAAAAUGCUGUCGAGAAGGAGUUAAUGGCCAAAAUCGUCAACGACGCUUUACAGCCCGGAGCUGUCAAAGAAGUUCUCCAAGAUGUAGCAAGCAAAAUAGAGGGGCUCAAGAAUGUUCCCAAUUUGUGGGAAGCUUACGACAAGAACAUCGCAGCGUUUAAAGAACGCCUCAUAAACGACCUUAAACCAAACUAUGUGUUUGGAUUAAUCACAGGUAAGAAGUAUGGUGAAACGAGCCUUCUUGCGGUAAGCGAUGAGCAUACUACUUUGUAUCAACUUUAUUGUGCUUUAAGCAAAAAGGUAGAACAGGAAAUGUCGAAGUACAGUAUUGGAAAGGGAUACCUGAUUAACUAA